CAAUUACAUUAGACCACUGAAGAUUAAUUUUAGAAAGAGGGGUGCUUCUUUCGUUCAUCUUUUGUAUCUCUCUCUGAAUUAACAAAGGAAAGGAAUAAAGAAGAGAAAAUGGUUUGUGGCAAGUGGUGAUAGUAUUGAAUUGGACAAGUGUGGCUUUGGGAUCGAAUUGGGUACCACUCACCGCAGGAUGGCCGGCGGUAACCAUCCCAAGUCUUCUCAUCACAAGCCACCGCCCUCCGCCUCCCACCGCAAAUCCCGAUGGGAACCCAACACCUCAACAACCACCAAAUCUCCAUCAGAUCCCAAACUCUCUCCAAAAAUCAAACCAAACCCUAACCCUAAUCCUAGCCCCGCUCACCCCAAACACCCCACCGAUCACCCGCUCUUCCCCUUCCCCGACCCCGCCCCCCUUGGCCCUCCCCCUCCACCGGCCUAUGGCUUCCACAUGCUCGAACGCCGCACCAUCGUCCUCGCCGACGGCAGCGUCCGAUCGUACUUCGCCCUCCCACCCGAUUACCAAGAUUUCACACCUCCUCCUCCUCGCUUCCGCCUCCCCGAUUACCACCGCAACCCCCCCGAAGCAUCCGCCGCCAAGAGAAAAUACGGCGGCGACGACGAUGACCUCGCUAGGCAAAGGGAUCAGCUUCUCCGCAAUGCUAAUGGCCUUGCUAGGGUUCCUGGCGCAGACCUUUUUGCCGGCCCUAGUGGCGCCCUCAAGCGUGAUUUGGAGUCUGAGUUCAGACCUUCCAAGCACUUGAGGUUUGAUGCUAGGCAUCCCCAGGUUGACCAGGACAAGUUGAAGAAGGCUUUUCUUCACUUUGCUAAGCUUGUUAACGAAAAUGCCUCUCAGAAGAAGAGUUACUUGGAGGAUGGGAAGCAAGGACGCCUUCAGUGUGUUGCUUGUGCCUGUGGCAGUGGCAGGUCUGCUAAAGAUUUUCCAGACAUGCAUGCUCUCAUUAUGCACACUUACAACUCAGAUAAUGCUGAUUUACGUGUCGAUCAUUUGGGAUUACACAAAGCUCUGUGUGUCUUAAUGGGCUGGAACUACUCAAAGCCUCCUGAUAACUCAAAGGCAUAUCAGUUUUUAUCUGCUGAUGAAGCAGCAGCAAAUCAAGAUGAUCUGAUCAUGUGGCCACCAUUGGUGAUCAUUCAUAACACAAAUACUGGAAAAAAUAGAGAUGGUCGUAUGGAGGGUUUGGGAAACAAAACAAUGGAUAAUAAAAUUAGAGAGCUCGGAUUUAUGGGUGGCAAAUCAAAGUCAUUAUAUGGAAGAGAUGGUCAUUUGGGCGUAACACUGGUUAAAUUUGCUGGCGACCCAUCAGGCUUUAAGGAGGCCAUCCGCCUUGCUGAACACUUUGAGAAGGAAAAUCAUGGACGCAAGGAUUGGGCCCAUGUGCAGUCCCAAACAUUAGGGAAGGAUGAUGAGAACAAUGCAAACCUUGUGAAGGUAGAUGAGAAAAAAGGAGAGAAAAGGAGGGUCCUGUAUGGCUAUCUUGGGACUGCUUUUGAUCUUGACAAAGUUGAUUUUGAAACAAGGAAGAAAGCAGUCCUAGAGAGCAAGAGAGAAUACAAACCGCCCUUGUAGCUUCUGGACUACAUGGAAUGACAGUGUAAAAUUAUUUGUGGAUUGUUCAGGAGAAAGUCUUUCCGCUUGGUUUAUAGUCCUGAUUCCUGAAGAUGAUAAAAGCUUUGUUAUAUUGUGCUGACCGUUUCAAUGUACAAUAGGAGGCUGCGUGCCAUCAUUUUUAUUCUCUAUCUCGUAAUUCAUUCUGAUUUUCCUGCUGUAGUUAAUAGUAGGCGUAUUAGGAAGGUUUGUUUGCCGUUCCACCAUCUGACAACCUGGAACGCACUGUCUUACUUAAAGUCAAUGACUGGAAUCUAAAGUCAUGGUCUUAUCCUCGCUUUUCCCCGUGUUGGGUGGGAACUGUUUGUUUACAGUUAACAUUUUUUUUUAUUACAAUGGGGGAAUUAGAUAUUUGUACUUGCGGUUUCUUGCGAAUCUGUAAAUCCCUUGUUAGUAGCCAUUCCUAGUUGAUUGUUUGCUGUUCGGUUUAAUUGAUUGAUGAAGCCCCGCUCUCACUGCAAAUUCCAAGUUGAUUAAUCAUUAAUUUUUCUUUCUUAGGAUUGGGCAGUGAGUAGAGGGGGGCUCAGUGAUGCUAAAUGAUACUAGCACUGCACUCUUGCAUUCUUUCUAAGCUUGCCUAGGAUUGUCCAUGAAGUUUAAAUGAGGGUUAUGGUGGAGUAGAUGGUUUUACGGUUUUCGGUAUCAGUUGCCUGUGUUGUCUGUCCAAACUUGACAUUGCAACGAUCACUGCUUAAUGAUUGUAUUCCAGCCCACUGAAGUUCUAGUCACUCAUCAUGCAUUUUGUGUAUUAUUUUGUGCAGUGUUUACACAAUUUUUAUUAUCAGGAUUCUACUGGACUUUAGGGUAAUCUAGAUCUUGCCUCUACAUCAGGAAAAUUAGUGUUUUUCAAGUAACUGCAUAUAUUAUGCUACCUUACUUCUACCAAGGUACGAGAUUUGCUGGGAGGGAUGUACGUAGGUCAUUUUUUUAUGGUGCAUAAAAUUGUUAGGAUAUUUUUAUUUAGGAUUGUGUGCUAUGAAGUGAUCUUGUCUCUAAAGUGGGGCAAAAUAUUUAUCUGAUUUAGUUUGAAAUUACACACACAUCGGUCAGGAUAUUAGUUAGUGACAUGUAUGGAAUCUAUUCAAACAAUACAUGUCAAGAUUCUUACAAAAUUUGGUGCGCAAAUACGUUCGACCAUGUAAGGUGAUUGAAGCAUCUGUGGUUAAGCACCACGGUUUGGUGAAUUGUGGUUCAGUGUUUUUAAAUUUAUGUUGUAUGCCUAUUUAUAUUCUCGCUUAAGAGCAUUAUCUUCUAUUUAAAGAGUGAAGUAUUCUGAUUUCUUUAAUUUUAAAAUAUUUUGCUUAAAAGAAUCAUAAUCAAUGUGUAGCUAUUUUAAUUAAAAUUUUCAAAACAACACAUUAUGAAAUAAUUUUAAGCUCACAAGUUGGAAUUUUCAAAUGUAUUAUCUUUUUUUAUUCUUUCACAUGUGAUUUGUAUGUAAUCACGUUACUGCUGGGGACAACAGAAAUCUGUUGCUUUAUAUUUUUCUUAUAGGAUUAAAUGUGAAUUACUGCACAUCCUGGGU